GAAGCAAGCCACAAAGACAACAAUCUCAACCCAAAGCUUUGAAAAAUCAUUUGUGUUUUGAGUUUCCCUCAAAUGUAUGUAUGCUUUAUGGAAUCACAUGUCAAGUACUUUAUCAAGAAAAAUAGUACAAGCUGUUAGAAUUUAGAACCCUACCUUUGACCUUUCUUUAGACUCUAUAAAGACCCUCUUCUAUCUUUCACAUGAUUCCGCUCUUUUGCUGUCUGAUAACAAACAUACCUAAAGAAGAAAGGGAACAUAAAAAUGGCGUUCACAAGGUUUAGUAGCUUUCUACUCAUGUCCAUUCUUCUGCUACAUGUAGGAAACUCGAGUACUGUUGUUGUUCUUGCCCACCAAGGUACGUAGUUAACCUUUGUUUGCUAAUUAGAUUUUGUCAUGAAAUCUUGAUUAACGAAUGUUUUUAACUUUUUUUGCAGCGAAGAAGAUACCGGUAGUUGCCGAAGGCGGUGAGCUUCCAGUUGCAGAAAGCACGCGCAGUUUGGAAAUUUCUGAUGGUGUACCUGCUCCCAUGGAUGAAUUAAUUAGCAACACAAGGCUUGGAGGAAGAAAAAUGAUGCCGAUGAAAAGGGUUUUGACGAAAAAGAUGAAAGAAGAACCAUUAAAUAAAGAAGACUCGGAGAUUUCAGGAAAGAGUACAUUUGCUUCAAAGAACCCCCGAAGCAGACUGUUGCAUGCAAACUCAGAAAAUCCCAGAAGCCAGCAAGCUCCUGCCAAGGGUCCAUGCUUCCAAUAUUUGAAGCCUGUUUCAGCUACUACAGGCAGCAGCUUGGAAUGUUCAUCAAAGUCAAUAAAUCCAAUUCCCCAAGAACUUGACGGUUCAUCUCAGAAUCUUGAAUUCCAAAAGCUUCUUGACAAGGCUGCAAUGGAAAUUGUUAACUUGAUGAAUAAGGACUACACAGGAGGAGGAGGUCCUCGUCACAAGCCUCCAGUCAACAAUGAACAACCUAUGAGUAUGAGUGAUCAACAACAUGAUCUGAUACCCUAAAUAAAUUGUUAGUUCAAAAAAUUUUGACCCCAUAUGAAAGAAAAUCCUCAACAGUACUAAUUUUUGUCCUUUUCCUUUUUGCUAGCUUAUUUUGCUUUCCCUCUUUCUUGUGGCUAUUGUCGCAAAUGCAGCAA